AAAUCGUUAGGUUGUAUGUCGGAAGCUACCAACGGAAGAGCUUUAAACGGUUAUUCGUUUUCAGACACAGGAAUGAAUUACACAUUAUGUUUGAACACAUGUGCUGGGAAAGGAUAUACAUAUGGUGGAACGGAAUAUGCUAGUCAAUGUUUUUGUGGUUCGAUACUUAAUUCAGGAGGGAAUUCUACUGGUUGUAAUAUGCCUUGUUCAGGUGAUCCUGGAGCUUGGUGCGGAGGUUCUUCAAGAUUAAACGUUUUUUAUAAUCCAACAAUUGGAACUUCCACCUCUACCUCUGGUUCCAUUUCCACUUCGUCCUCUACCUCUCGUUCCAUUUCUUCAUCUUUCUCUCCUUCUUCCUCCUCCCCCUCUUUGUCUUCAACUUCAUCAUCGAGUAAAUUCAGUACCAUUUCUUCGGUCGUAUCAACAACAAGUACGUCUACCUCAAUCUCAACCUCAAGCAAGCCGACAUCAAUCACUUCCACCUCCACCUCCAGCUCGUCAACACCUUCAUCCACUUCAACGACUAAAUGGACUGCUCUCGGAUGUUACCUCGAUCAAGGCGCUCGAACUUUAAACGGUUAUAGUCUCACAGCGAGCAAUAUGACUUCUGGAAUAUGUACCGAUCUUUGCGGUUCGAGAAGUUUUGUUUAUGCAGGAGUGGAGAAUGGGAAUCAAUGUUAUUGUGGUCAGACGAUGACUACUAUGACUACGGAAACUGGUUGUACGAUGGUUUGUUCGGGUAAUAAAACGGAUGUUUGUGGUGGAUCUUGGAGACUUAAUGUUUUCAAGCUUGUUUGAAUGGUCUGUGAGAGAUGAGCCGGUUGUCUGCAAAUACGUAGGCAGGUUUGCACAGAAAUCAGUGCUCGUACUCGGAUGAAAAGAUAGGGGUGAAAGAAGUAACUCAGGAAAACAGAAGUAAAAGAGGUCAAUAUCUACUUCACGUAUCAUGGUAAAUGUGAUGGACAUUUGAGCAGAUCAUG